AAAACAAAAAAACAGGGAAACGAAUUCCACUGGCUUUCUCUGAUGGCUUCGAAGCGAAAAUCUCUCGCCAAAAUUUUCUGGCGACCGGAAAUUUACCGGAAAGCUCCUUCAAUGGUGAAGCCGAGGAAGAGCAAACCAUUGGCGAUUUUUAUGGAAGGAAUCGGCGAUGAUUUGAGGGAAAUCGUCACUGCGCCAAUGGACCAUGUGCGUGAGAGGAGGAGGGCAAGAGAGGCCUUUAAGGAUUUGCAGAUGAGUAUUGAUCAUUGCUUGUUAAAGACAAGUGUCGAAGGGUUGAAGAUGGAUGAGAGAUAUGAAAAGAAUUCCAGAGGCUUAGAGAUAUUUUCUAAAAGUUGGUUGCCUGAGACUUCUACUACAAAAGCAAUUGUGUGCUUUUGUCAUGGAUAUGGGGAUACAUGCACCUUUUUCUUUGAAGGAACUGCCAGGAAGUUGGCAUCAUCUGGAUUUGGUGUGUUUAGUAUGGACUACCCUGGUUUCGGCCUUUCGGAAGGGCUUCAUGGCUAUAUUCCAAGCUUUGAUGUACUUGUUGAUGAUGUCAUUGAGCAUUUCUCCAAAAUCAGAGAAAGAUCUGAGUUUUGCAACCUCCCAUUCUUCCUUUUUGGAGAGUCUAUGGGUGGAGCAGUAGCUCUCAAGGUGCACUUGAAGCAACCCCAUUCAUGGGAUGGUGCAGUACUUGUUGCCCCUAUGUGUAAGAUUGCAGACAAUAUGGUUCCUCCUUGGCUGGUGACACAAAUGUUGAUUGGAAUUGCUAAUGUCCUUCCAAGACAUAAGUUGGUUCCGCAAUCAGAUUUAGCAGAUAUGGCAUUUAGGGACUUGGAAAAGAGAAAACUGUGUUCAUAUAACGUAAUUUCUUACAAAGACAAGCCACGACUCCGAACUGCAGUGGAGAUGUUACGAACUUGCCAAGAGAUAGAACGCCGACUCCAAGAUGUCUCUUUGCCGUUAUUGAUUCUACAUGGAGAGGCAGAUGUGGUCACUGAUCCAUCAGUGAGUAAAGCUCUCCAUCAGAAGGCAAGCAGCAAGGAUAAGAAGCUCUGCUUAUAUGAGAAUGCAUAUCAUGCUAUACUAGAAGGGGAAUCAGAUGAGAUGAUAUUCAGGGUUCUUGGUGAUAUUAUAUCUUGGCUUGAUGAACAUUAUUCUUUGAAGAUCCGGCAAUCAUGAGACGUGCCUCUAUUUACAGCUCUUAUUUUCUCAUGUCCUAAGUUUCUCAUUUAUGUCAACAUGUAAUACAUAAAUUAUGUCAAUUAAUAAUGUUUCUGUGAUGGGUGGAUCAUUGAUUCCAAGUACUAUGGAUGGGAAGUUGAGGGUGACAAAGAUGAGUAUCUCUUAGUGUUUACUUGAAGCUGGCCCAGAUGUAAAUAACUGUUCAAUAUGACAGCAAGAGGAUGCACAUGGACAAAUAUGUAAUGACCAAAGCGUGAAAGAUCAGUUUAUAAGCAACUGGUUUUUGUGAUUCUUAUAAAGAAAAUCCACAUCUAUGUUUC